AUGUCUGGGGGCGUCGACUCGUCGGUCGUCGCGGCGCUGCUGAGCGAGAUGGAUGUCGACUUGCGAGCGGUAUAUAUGCGAAAUUGGUCCACGAUGGACGAGCAGGGAGCGAUGCAGGCCGGCAGCGGCGGCGCGAUGGGGUGCGAGUGGCAGCGGGAGUGGGAUGACGUGCAGCGCGUGUGCCGCCACCUAGGCGGCAUCCCGGUAGAGCUCGUCGACCUCUCGCGCGAGUACUGGGUGGACGUCUUUGAGCCUGCGAUUGGGCAGUGGUCGGACGGCACGACGCCGAAUCCGGACGUGACGUGCAAUCGCGCCAUCAAGUUUGGCGCACUGAUGGAAAAGGUGCUAGCUCCGAGCCACGCCACACCCGCAUGUCUCGCGACAGGGCACUAUGCGCGUAUCGCCUACCGCAUGCAGAACGGCGCACCGACGCCAUAUAUCCAGCGUGCGAUCGAUCCGUCCAAGGACCAGUCGUACUACCUGUCGUCGGUGCCGUCGGAGCGGCUGCGCAGUGCGUUCUUUCCGCUGGGAUCGAUGCACAAGGCGGACGUACGUGCGACUGCACGCCGCCUUGCUUUGCCUACUGCCGAGAACCCGGAGAGCAUGGGGCUGUGCUUUGUCGGGGAGCGGGGUGCAGGUGCGCAUGCCUUUGCGCGGUUCCUCGACAAUUAUCUCGAGAGCACUCCGGGGCACCUCCUUGCGCCGGACGGCGGGGUGCUCGGCCAGCACCAGGGCCUGCACUCGCUCACGAUCGGGCAGCGCGCGCGCAUCGGCGGACGCCCAGAGCAAAUACCAUGA